AUGUCAGGUCUGUAUAAUCCCAACUUUUCACCUGCAAGAGCUGUUUCUCCACAGAUUAGAAAUACCCCAGAUAUCGACAGUGGUCAGUACUUGUCGGAGCUCUUGGCUGAGCAUCAAAAGCUUGGACCUUUCGUGCAAGUUCUUCCAAUAUGCAGCAGACUCUUGAAUCAAGAGAUUUUACGGGUUUCUGGAAUGAUGCCAAACCAAGGUUUUGGUGAACUUGAUAGACUGCGGCACAGGAGCCCCAGUCCGAUGGCAUCUUCAAACCUUAUGUCUAAUGUUGCUGGAACAGGAUUAGGUGGCUGGAAUGGACUUCCUCAGGAGAAGCUACAAUUGUUUGAUUGA